GUGCAGGCGGAAGGCGAUCUUACCCGCAUGGUGAAGCCCGGCCAGUCCAUCACUCUCACGGGUGUCUUCUUUCCCCAAGAUCUCCCCUUUGCCAUGAGGAUGAGGCAGCAGAGCACGCAAAAGAUGUUCAUCGAAGCACAUCAUUUCCAGAAGCACAAGAGUGGCUACAGCGAGACCGUCGCUGAUGAGGGGGCGCUGGAGAACAAGAUCGCAGAGGCGAAGAAGCGUGGAAGCCUCUAUGAGGCCGCAUCGAAGUCGAUUGCUCCGGAGAUCUUUGGGCACCAGGACCUGAAGAAGGCACUUCUGUUGGUCUUGAUCGGUGCGCCUACCAAGCAGAUGAAGGAUGGUCUCAAAAUCCGUGGGGACAUCCACACCCUGAUGAUGGGCGAUCCUGGCGUGGCCAAGAGCCAGCUGCUGAAGCAGGUAACUUACAUUGCUCCGCGCUCCGUGUACACCUCCGGGAAGGGCUCGAGCUCUGCCGGUCUUACCGCCAGCGUGAACCGCGACAACUCCACCGGUGACGUCACACUCGAAGGCGGUGCAUUGGUGAUGGCUGACUGCGGGGUUGUGGUGUCAAAGCUCCGAAGCACUGACCAAGGCAUCGAUGAGUUCGACAAGAUGGACGAGAAGGACAGAACAGCGAUUCAUGAGGUCAUGGAGCAGCAGACCAUUAGUAUCGCAAAGGCAGGCGUUACGACCACCCUCAACUGUCGAACGACAGUCUUGGCAGCAGCCAACCCCGUCUACGGCCGCUACAACCCGUACAAGUCUCCCGUGGAGAACAUCGACCUCCCAGCAGCCCUCCUCUCACGAUUUGACCUCGUCUUCCUGUUGCUGGAUACGGUGGAUGGCGACAGGGACAAGCAGCUUUCCCGGCACGUCGCGGACGUCCGCAGCAAGUACCAAAAGCAGGAGCUUCUGCGGUUUAAUGCCAAGCCCGGUUUUGGAUGA